UUUUAACGUCAUCACUAUGCUGCAAAGUAUUAUCGUGAUGUGGUUCUAGGUUUUGGGUUCCUUUCUGUUUCGUUCAUUAAAUGCCUCCCUAGACGUGAUAGAAUUAAACUUACGAAAUGACAUAACACUACUUGUGUUCCUGAUAACUUACUCAAUUGUAAGGCAUAGUCAAUAAGUUCUUGCUAGGCGACUUUAUAGUUUAUUUAGCUUCCAUUUCUAGCGAGCCAUCUUGCGAGCUUUAGCUAAGUUUGCCUUGAUAUUGUCGUUCAAGUUUGUUAGCUAGUGUUGUUUGAUAGUUUAGCUCCUUUUUAAACGAUCUCUUACAGGAAUCAUUAGUCCGCCAACCAGCCAUUGCCUCCAUGUUUUGUUUGACACAAUGUGGAAACUUAUUUGUAGGUACUACUUAUAGAGCCUUUCGAACAAAACACGUUUUCAUUUCAUUAGCGAGAAAGUUAAAUGAUAGGCGCUCGCUAAGGCUGUGCAUCUCGCAGAGUUUAGCUGGGUUUAAUGAACUGAGAUUGGUCGGAGUUCCGAGUACAGCAACAACUUCAAUAUUGGAGUUUCAUAAGAGGAGUACUUCUGUUUCAAGCACAAGGGAAAUGUCGUCUAAAAAGAACAACAAAAUUCCUGACGGAUGGAUGGAUUACCAAGCAUUGGGAAAGAGAAUCCCUGGAACACGAUUCAUUGCAUUUAAAGUUCCCCUAAAACAGUCACUCAGGAGCUGCUUGCCUCCUUCUGAGGCCUUUGGCCCCUUUGACCUGGUGCAUUUGCUAGAGGAAGAGAAGGAAGAGCUGGGCCUCAUCAUUGACCUCACUUUCACAACGCGCUACUACAAUGUCACGGAUUUGCCAGACAGUGUGCAGUAUCUGAAGAUACUCACUGCUGGACAUCGAGUGCCAAGUGACCCAACUAUCCUGAGUUUUAAAAAGGCUGUGUACAGAUUUCUGCAGGAAAAUGAAAACAACGACAAGCUGAUUGGUGUACAUUGUACCCAUGGGUUGAAUCGCACUGGUUAUCUUGUGUGCAGGUAUCUAAUUGAUGUUGAAGGGAUGAUUCCAAGUAAAGCGGUCGCAUUGUUCAACAGGUCGAGGGGCCAUCGCAUAGAGAGAAAGAACUACCUUGACGACCUGUUCUCUAGGCGAGAGCGGAGCAACAAGGGCAUGGAGGAGCCAGACCAGGAUCCUAUUUGGGGCAGUGCUGGCUGUAGUCAAGUUGGCCCUCCUGUCUGUAGAUGCUCACACUUUGACAAUGUUUUAUCUUUUCAUCCAAAGUCAGUCCUGUCGCGAGCCUCCUCACUGAGCGAGCUGGACCGCGGCAGGCCUCAGCACCCCGGUCCCCCUCCUUGCCCCGCGCUGCCAGGCUGUUCUGGGGCAGAGCAGGACCCCAGCGGUGGAGCAGCCUUGGGCGAGCGCUCCCCGUGCUGUCCGCACGGCCCUCCAGAGAAACCACAGCCAGCCCAGGGGAAGCCUCGCAAGCAGCGCCACAGAAAGAACAAGGGGAACCGGUCUAAACCGGAAGAGACUGGAGCCCUUUCUCUCACACCGUAA